AUGGUGCGCUCCGUGCGGAAGGCGACCACCUGCAUGGCCGUGGCCGCAGGCGUGCUGGCUGUCUGUGGGCUCUCUCGCAGCUUCGUGCCCGGGCCCCUGCGCCGGAGCGCGGCGCCUCUGGCUGCGGCAUCGGCUGCCACCAUGAUGGCUCCAGCGGCGUUCGCCGAUGAGAUCGGUGACGCAGCGAAAAAGCUGGGGGACGCCUCUUACGACUUCGCCAAGGAGGUCGACUGGAACAACGGCAUCUUUCUCCAGGCCCCCGGCAAGUUCCAGCCGCUGAAGGCUUUGAAAGCAAUCGACAAGAUGAUCGAGAUGGGAGCCGCUGCGGACCCGAAGCUGUUGAAGGCGGCCGCAGAGGCUCACCACAAGGCCAUCGGAAGCAUCAGUGGCCCCAAUGGUGUGACUUCCCGAGCAGAUUGGGAUAACGUGAACGCCGCCCUGGGUCGAGUGGUGGCCUCCGUCCCCAAGGAGAAGGUCAUGGCAGUCUACGACUCCGUGAAGGACAUCACGGACCCCAAGGUGCCGGCCUACAUGAAGUCGCUGGUGAAGGCUGAGGAUGCAGAGAAGGCUUACAAGGGCUUCCUGGAGUUCAAGGAUGUGGUGGCCAAAAAUCAGGUGGCACAGGCUGGUCCGAAAGCAAGUGUCCCAUGCGGGGACGCCAUUGGCACGGCGGCCAAGGCCCUCUCCGACUCCUCGUAUCCUUUCCUGAAGGAGGUGGACUGGCUGAGCGACAUCUACCUGAAGCCGCUGGCGGGCAAGACUGCGCCGCAGACCCUGAAGGCUAUUGACAAGAUGAUCGUGAUGGGAAGCCAGAUGGUGGCGGCAAAGGAUUAUGAGGGAAGUAAGUGUACUCAAGGGUCCGUGCGCAGUGUUUGGUGGGUUCCACGGCCUGCACGGAGCUGCGCAUACCUGCGAACGAGGCAGUACAAGCUGAUCUGUCGAUUGUUCGCCUUGUGGCUGAAUGAAUACCUUGUCGAGACAAUGCCAGAUUCCCUUGACAACUGUCGGGGUAUCCCGGAGUUCUAUGGUAGCUGGGAUGGGCAAGAUCUCGAGGGCUCCAGGACCUGCGAUGUGCACAUGGGCUCAUUGACACGGCUACUUGGGCACAGCCGCCCCAAGCAUAACAAAGAGCAGAUGACGUACUUCUCCCUGCGUGCUGCUGCUGCCGGCCUUGUUUUGGACGGUGGCGAGUUUCAACCGAUGCCAAUCUUCGAAGAGCCCGGUGCCGGAGGCGGUGCUCUGGUGGUAUUUGGCGUGAUUUUCCUGACUCUCCUGGGCUCUUUGCUCGUCGUCGCCUGCUUCGAAGCUCCUCUGGAGCUCGAGGACAAAGCCACCGAGCUAGAGCCGGAACUUGCAGGGGUGUCGAGUGUUCGGGCCCAGCUCCGGCCCGCAAAGGCAUGCAAUGGCCUUCAGCGGAGCCAGCGACAAUAUCAGGAUCGUCUUGCAGAGGAAAGAGCGGUCUUGGCUCCUGUUCCGGAGGAACUUGGAAGCAACAUUCGCCAAGACAACCCGAAUGUGGCCGAAGAGACGCAGGAAGACUUGCCUUCACAGAGACCAGCGGAACAGCCGUGUGCGGCAACUUCUCAGGUGCUAACAACACCAGCUGAAGGCCCAGAAGGUCCCGCCGUUACUCCCCUGCAGCCCGAGGUCAGAAGCAGCACACCAUCGGAGAGCUUAGAAGGCCCAAUCAUCCCUCCGCAAGAGGAAGCACCAGAAGAGGCAUUGUGGGAUUCGCCGGACAUGGAGGCUGGAGGGACUCUACAUUUGCCUCCCAUGCGUACAGCUUUCCCUCCAUGGUAUGGCGGUGGCACGCCGCAGAGCGCAUCAUUUGACGAAGGAGCUGCCACCCUUUUCGAAGAGGAAGUCAGCGACAGACUGAUUCAGCACAGCCUGUCAUUGCCUUACCUUGCAGACGGUGGAGACGUGCAGGCGGAGGCUGUUCCAUGGUUCUGGCCGACGUCGGAUUCGCCACCACCACCGAUGACCCUGUGCCCGGGGCUAAUAGUCCCUCGGAACUCGGAGUGCUGCCUGGUCAUACCAAUCCCGACGAAGGACAGGUCGGCCAUCUUCGUCAUCGUGUUCGGUACUGAUGGCCAGCCGCUGCUCAGAGCAGAGGUCUACAGGGGACACAAUUGCGAACCUCCUUGUGGCAGCCCCAUGACUUCGGUCUACUGGCCUCCCGCAAGUGCCUCGAUGGCGAGGAACGAUCAACAUGCGACGGUUGUGCUUACCACGUUGCCUCCAGAGAUGCGCAGGACUGGCGAUGUCUCCGCAGCUGAGGAGCCAGAAAUUCUAUCAGCGGGCUACCUCGUUCGAGGAAGUGACGGAAUGGAAAUGGAUAUUGUUGAUGGAGAUGGACGUUUUUUUGGUCGUCUUGGUCGUGACCCGGACAGGCGCUCUCGGUACUGCCUGCGGUGCGGUGAGCACGGAGAGACCCGCAUGUAUUGCGACGGCGUGUACGAAGACUUCGCUCUUCUGCUGACAGACGACAUGCAGGAGGUUCUGGGCGAGGUGGAAACCUUCAGCUCGGCCAACGCUCCCUUCAGCGACGCCGUGGGGUGCAUCUGCAUGAGGGUCAGCGGCAGCCGAGAUGGCGUAGAUGCAGGUCUUAUGCUGGCCAUCUACUUUGGGGUGUAUGAGAGAGGCUUGGCCUGGUUCACCGCGCGGGCGGGACACCUCGUUCGGUGGCAGGACGUCUUGGAGGUCCUCCAAGACAUUCGCCGUGCGAGGCUCCAGGCAAGUACCCUCAGCUUCAAUGCCGUUGCCUGCGGCCUCAGCCGGGCAAAGCAGUGGCAGUUGGCUCUUCAGGUCCUGUCUGGGCUGCGGGCUCAAGGCCUUCAGCCGCGCGCAGCAUCCCUGGGAGCUGCGGUGGGCUCUUGCCAAGCUGCUGGAGGACUUUGGCGGCAGGCUGUUCGUCUGCUCCACGCUGCCAGGAGAGCCUGGUGCCUCCAGACACUCAGUGCCGCGAUUUGCUCAGCAGUUGCUGCGCAUGGGCCGUCAAGCUGGCAAGCUGCUGAAGCUCUAAUUCGCCAGCUCGUCCAAAGCGGCGGAAUCCUGAACAUCGCACACUUCAACGGCCAGCUAGACACUCUCAGUGGUGGGCUCUGGGCAAAUGCAUUGGACAAGGUCGGCAAGAGCAUUUCGAAGCCGGAUGUUGUUACUUUCAACACCAUGAUCCACGCGACGACGGCAGAUGUCUGGCAGCUUUCAUUCAGCUUUCUGCAGAAGAUGAGGUGCGCCAGGUUAGCAUGCACUGUGAAGAGCUACGGUGCUUUGGCUGCCGGCUUGGAGUCCUGCUGGCUGUUGGCUGUCCUGUUGCUUCGGAGCAUGUACCGCAGCACCGUGGAAAUGAAUGCAAUCGUCAAAGGUUCCGUGGCAGGAGCCCUUGCGGAAAAUGGUGCCUGGCACCAUGCUUCUGCGCUGUGCGCCGACGCUGCCCAGCUACACCGAAGGAUGUUGACGGCUGCGGGCCACAGUUGGGAAGGAUCACUUCAGUGGCUUGAUCUCUUGGAGCGCCGGCGUGUUCGACAAGACUUCAGCAUGUGCGCCGCGACAACCACAUCAGCGAGCAGUUGGAACAUGUCCUUGUCGAUGUCAUUGGUGUGUGGGCGGCGUGGCAUGCGCUCGAACAUCGUGGCCAUAGGCACACUGGCGAGGCCACUCCAGGAUGCACAACACUGGCAGGAAGCCGGCCACCUGCUGCAGACCAGUAAGCAGCAGCAUCUGCAGGCAAAUCUUGUCACAUUUGGCAUGCUGACCUCUGCCUGCAGCAGCUCGCAGUGUUGGCCAGCUUCCAUGCAGGUCUUGGACGCAGCAUGUUCUGCAGCUGUCCUACUUGAUACGGAUAUACACAACGUGGCAGCUCGUGGUGCGGCCAAGCGAGGCCAUUGGGAAAUCUCUUGCGAACUGAUCCGAGCUGUACGCCUACGGCGUCUCCAAGCCGACUGGCAAACUCCAGUAAGUGCUUGUUCAGGUGUUGCGAUGCAGCACCGUUGGCGGCAUUGCUUGCAGAUGGUCGCUGAAAUCACGCCCACGCACCUCGCAAGUGCGGCAGGGGUGUUUGCCCUGGGCCUUUGUGCAGAGGCAGCAAGAUGGCAACUGGUUUUGGCCUGGCUAAGGGCUUCAUCGCAGCCACCUCAAGAAGCCUUUGCAGCAGCUCUGACAGCGCUGGCAUCUACCGGCAAGGUCUUGGAAGCCCAUGGGCUCCUCGCCUCUUUGCGUACUCAGAUGCUUCGCCUGGAGUCGUCCCAUCUUACGAACGCUCUAGGAGUCGCUCGACAAGGCCAGCCCUGGGUGACCAGCCUUCAGCUGCUGAAGCUGGGGCAGCUGGCAGGGCUUCACUUGCACCAGGCCGUUUGGCACGCAGGGGUCGAUGCAUGCGGCAGCUGGAAACAUGCCCUGCUUCUCCUGGCAUCUGCACAGUCGUGCCAUGUCGAGCCAGACGUGACGUCUGUGGCUGCAGCUACAAAUCGUGCCUCCUCGAGGUCCGUUCAGGCCACACUGCGUCUACUUCAUGAGCUUCAGCAAAUGCAUCUUUGCCAACUGCAUGCAGACUCGGGGCGGGUGUGUAUGUACAACCUGACCGAGUAG